GACAUUACCCGAAUUCGAUUCAAUAUCGACGCUCUCUUUGACAUUAUUCAAAACACAGUACAAACACGCUGUACUAAGCAUCAUAUGAACGUGUUGCAGCGCUGUAGUACGACCACAUACAAAAAUGUUUCAUACAAACUCAAACAUUUUGAAAAUAAUAUCACCGUCGCUUGUUUUGAAAGCAAAUCAUGUGCGUAAGCGCCAUGGAUACAACAAUAAAACGAAUAGAAAUAGCGGUCGAUUAAAACAAUGUGCCAGCUGAAUAUGCAUGCCUUUUCGGAAUGAGAAAAAAAGCGGGAACGAGUACAUUUGUACGACACUUUGAGCGAAAGAGAGACGUAACAACAAGAGCGAACGCAGUGAAAAGAAAAGGAAAAAAAUACGCGCCAAUCGAUGAGUUGAUAAGUCACUAACGAUAAGUAAACGGAGUGUGUUCGAUGAACGUGUUGCGGGCGAUGUGAGUGAAUUUUGGACGGUGGUAUGGAGUGAGAUAAAAAUCAACAGCAACAAAUGUACACAUUGUGUACUUCGUAUGCUCACUGUAUUAUUCUUUACAGAGGAACUGUUUGUCAAUUAAACUACAAAUGAGUGAGCGAGAGAAGGAACCACAAAUAUCACCAAAAACUCAAUCCGAAAAAAAAACAUUCAAUUGUGUGCAUAUUAAAUAGUUCUGUUGGUUCUUAUUAAUUUCAUGUGCAAAUGUAACACGAUAUAAUUGCUGUCACUGUGUUAGCAUUCGGCUGACAAUGCACACGAUUUAUGUGAGGCAUUUUUUUAGCGCAUGAUAAAAACGUAUUAGAGAAAAAUGUGAACAACAAGUUUUAAGCACUUAUUAAAAUAUUUAGAUUUUUCAUUCGAUUUCAUACUAUCGUUUAUUUUGGUUAGAAAAUUAUCAUUCACAAAAAGCUUGAUAUUACUUUCGGUCUUUUUUUUUGCAAAUUGCCAUACCGUGUAGAGCGUUGCUUCAUAAAAAUAUUUUAGUUUUGCCGUCAACACGAUUUGUGCCGUAACUAAAUAUGGUUGGCAUUACCGUAUAAAACAUUCAGCCAAAACGCUCUUUUUGCUUAGUUCAUUGAGUGAAAUGAUAUCGAAUAGAGUGUCGUGUAGCGAACAAAAAACCGAGCUAUUCUUUCAAGAACGGGAAAGAACGGAAAAGAAGAAGAGACUGGCUUCAAUAUAAACUUCAGUUUUUUUUACGUAGAACGGACAAAUUGAACGAUAAAUCGUUGCCACUCGAUUCGUGUGGUUUGAGUUAAAAACAUUUGAGGAAAAAACCUUUGGGAAAAAAUGUCGUCAAAUUGGCGACCCGUGCUAAAUAAAUACCUCGCAAAUUUCGAGGUUCAAACGACGACUGCUUUAGAAAAUAUAAACGAGCUGUUGACACAAUCUGGACAAAAAUUCGAUGACAAAAUUAAGGGUUAUUUUGCAAAGAGUGUGAACAGUCGAUUAGAGCAAACGUUGGACUUUUUUGACAUUCAAAUCAGUUCGCAAGCUGACAAGAAUGCGAAAUGUACCAUAAAAAUUGAGUCAAAGUGUAAAGUCGAAGAAAGCAUUGAACAAGUGGACUCGGAUGUAUCGAGCGAAGGGGUUGAGAUCAUCGAAAAGGAGAUUAAAUUUGAAACCAUAUCGAGUGAUGAUGAUGAAAAAGUGGAAAAUGUUUCAUCCAGCUAUUCGCCAAUAAGUGAAGUUGAAAUCGAAACAACGCUGCAAAUGACCUACGAGAGGAAUGUAUAUCGUUCAUCGUUGGAUUCAAGUGUCUCGGAUCGACGAUCGAUGUGUUCGCCGAGCACAUCGAAUAUACCAAUGAUGGCACCGACGUUGUCUCCAAUUGAUACGCCGGAUUCAACUCCAAGUAGCACUCCUGAUAUAAAUGCAGUGGAUAUCAAACAAGAGCCUCAAGCAGUGCCUUGCAAAGCAAUGAUUUUUGAGAAAGCACAAAAAGACCUCGGUGGUAUCGAGGUGGAGAAAGUACGAUCGAAUUCGACGACGGUGAUGAAGACAAACAGAAGCAAAUUACCGUCAACAAGUCGAUCCAGCAGUGGGCCACAGGUUGAACAUUCUAUGCCGGUCGAACCUCAGCUACUAAAGAGACAACCCACAAUGAGUGUUGAAAAUGAAUUGACCAAACGACAGAAAACAACUGAAGUGUUGCAAAUGAAUGAACCGUGUCCAAGCAUCGUGUUUGCCUGUUUCUACUGUCACAAUCAACCGUGUUUUUACGUGAAAAAAUUCGCUGAGGUGUACAGUCAUUGGAAAAAUAGCCACGCUGAGCUGCCAUUGCGAUUCGUUGCAGUUCGAAUGGCCACUUGUUUCUAUUGCGACCAAGUUGAUGUGUUUUCAAAUCUACAAGGACACCACAAACACAAUCACAAUACUGAAGUAUUCGUUGUGGUCGACAGAGAAAACAAAUCGAAGUGUGGGCUGUGCCACAAGAUUUUGUCGGCUUCAGAAAUGGUGGUGCAUUUCAAAACGCAACAUCGUCCAUCGCAUUACAUGCACAUUAGCAGUCCAGUUUGUUUCACGCAAAGUGAAAUAGAUCAGCUCUUGAGCAUAAAUUCAUCCAAAUUGAUCGAUGCACCAGGUCAGAUUGAAGCCUUCAUCUGUGGACAUGUCAAGUUACCAAAAACAUAAGCGAAAUCUCGUUCAUGCAACACAUCGAACAGGAUGAGUUCCAAUUCAUGUGCUCAGCGUGUUCUUUUUCGGGAAACAGCGUUCGAGAGACGGCACAACAUGAGCUUUCUGCUCAUAAAUUGCCCAUUGACACAUCGAAACAAUUGAAUGGUCUUAGGAAACGUUUGGAACGACACUUUCUGAGAACUCGGAUCAUAUUCAAUAAUGGGCUAGUGCUAUACAAGCACAAUAUGCUAAAUUCGAUAUUCGACGAUCGCAAUGCAUUUUGGCCGUUCAGAGAGCAAUUGGCGAAAAAGAAACUGAUGGAAACCCCAACCGAUGAAUCGCGUAGUAAGGAGCUGAAGAAACAACAAGCUAAAUACAACAAUCUACGCAUCGGUGGACUCGAACGAGCUAAAGACGCGGAAUUACAGGAAAUAUUUCAGCAUUUAUGCCGAGCAAUUGGUGUGAUGGACGUUUCAAUGGAGAACGAUGUCAAACAGAUUUAUCGACGCUCAAUGGCUGUCAUUGUGAAACUGGUUGAUUGCGAAUUGAAAAGAAAAAUCUUAGAUGCUUGGCGUAAUAUUCCCGAAAGAGUUAAAUUAUUUAAUUUAAAAUCGCUUAAUUCGAUGCAAUCCGAAAUCAUGCCCGAUAAAAUAUCCAUGAAAUCGGAACUGACACCAUUUUUUGUGUCACUUUGGGAAUUGGCCGAAAAAGCCAGGAACAAUCAUCAAAUUCACUCUUUUUGGAUUACAGUCGAUGGACUCAGAGUUAAAUACAAUAGUAGAACGACCAUUGUAUGGUCGGAAGUGGACCUGAUGAACUUCAUUGAAAGUAUCAAAUAGUUUUCUAUGUUGAACAUUUGAAUCGACUCAAAUUUUAUGCAAUUGUGACUGAAAUAGCCAUUUAAGUACGGUUCCAUUAAAUGGUAUUUUGAAUAAUUUUGAAUAAAACAUUAAACCGAAUAAACGAGCAAAAGUUAUGCAAGAAGAAAAAGGUUCUGAGAACUUUGAAAAUAAAGAAUUGAAUAAAAAUUUA